AUGCUUAUCCAUUGGAAAUGUUUCAGAUUCGUUACUUUACUUGAUAUAUAUCAAGAGCAACCAGUGCUUCUUGACUGCUGUUUGGGAGAAAUAGUUUCGAGGCUUUUAUCAUACAUAGAUUUUCUAAGAGAAAAUGAGACGAAGUUCAGCGGACUUUCUUCUGCUGCCUUCCAGCUUCUAUCCCAUAUUUCGAAAGUUCGUGGCUACAAGUCCUUCUUGGCCUUCCUGCCACAUGAGGUCUCUUGUGCAUUAUCCGUUACAUACCUAGAAAGAGUUCUUUCGUCAUUGGAAAAGGCUUAUGAAAAUUUUCAUGCUAGUUACGUUUUGCUGUUAUGGAUGGUCAUAUUGUGCAAAAAUCCGUUUGAUUUAAAUCGCUUCGCUCCUAACGCUGAAGAUCCUUUGUAUACAGAUCGUCGGAUCAUCAGGAUUGCUCAUUCCUAUCUUUCAAGACCAGUAGACAAGUGUCAUCCUGUUGCCGCAUUAUUAUUAGCAGUUACUGCUUGCCGCGCUGAAGCGUGUUCCACAUUGUUACCUUCGUUGGUGAAAAACAGCGCCGAAGUCUUGCAGAACUCUGAAGAAAAGUCGUCGAAUAAUGUACAGCUUAUUGGCAACCUGUACCUUCUUGUUGCUGUGUUGAAGCAGGGACAAAGAAAGGAUUUGUUAAACUUAGCUCCAUUGAUUUUACAGUCAUUGAAUUUGGCUCAUCAGAUAGAAGGGACUGAUUUUCUUGUGAAGAAAUUAGUCACCAAGCUUGUCCAACGUCUUGGAAUGGUUUUUCUUAAACCAAAAGUAGCUCUUUGGCGGUAUAAUCGUGGCAAUCGUGUUCUUUCAUUUAAUCAGAGUACAGGAGAUUGUAAUGCUGACGUAGUAACAGGGGAAUUAGAUGCUGACGAGGACUACGAUAUACCCCAGAAAGAGCUGGAAUUCGUGAUGGACGUUAUUUUAAAGUCGUUGCGGGAUUGCGAUACUGCUGUACGCUGGUCAGCAGCUAAGGGUGUGGGUAGAGUAGCAUCACGCCUACCAAAAAAUUUGGCUGAAGACGUCGUUCGUUCUAUUCUUGCUUCCAAUUUCGAUGAGGUUUCUGGGCACGCAGCUUGGCAUGGAGGAUGUUUAGCUAUAGCCGAAUUGGCCAGAAGAGGUUAUUUGACGGUCGAUCUGCUACCGGACGUAAUAGAAGUAUUAAAGAAGGCUCUGACUUAUGAGGAACCUCAAGGUCGUCAUGCACUUGGUGCCAAUGUGCGAGAUGCAGCUUGUUAUAUUGCAUGGGCUUUGGCAAGAGCUUUUCGGCCUCUUGACCUAGUUCAUUUCAUGGAAGAUAUCGCCACCUCCUUGGUUUGCGUUGCCCUUUUUGAUCGUGAAACGAACGUGCGAAGGGCUGCCAGUGCUGCAUUCCAGGAAAAUGUGGGCCGCCAUGGAUCUUUUCCUAAUGGUAUCGAUGUCCUUACGCGGAUUGAUUUUUUUGCUGUCAGUCAGCGUAGUCGAGCAUACAUUGAUAUUGCCUGUGAAGUAGCCCGGUUCUCUCCUUAUGCAUGGCCAAUUGUCAAACACCUUCUGUUUAAAAAGAUAAUCCACUGGGAUGAGAAUUUGAGACUUCUUGCUGCUGAGUCGCUGUGCCGUCUGGCUCAAACACAAGGCUCAUUGAUCGUUGAUCAGAUUUCGUCAGCUGUAAUUCCGUUGCUGAACCACAAAAUUCCUGUCUGUCGCCAGGGAGGAAUUCUUGCUUUAAGUGGCAUUCUUUUUGGUUUGAAUGCUCAUGGGUAUCGACUGGAUUCAUUACUCUUGGAGCGCACUGUUCUCGUUCCUGCAGAGUCAUAUUCUGUUUGUGAAAAGAAAAGACGUAUAGCAGGAGGUGCACUGAUCAGACGAGCUGUUAACACUUUUAUACACUUAAUGUCUUCUGUCAUACCCCUGAGCUUGAUACCGGUAAGGAAAAUUAUUAAUAAGUAUAUUGCAGAGCACUGGUUAAAAAGCGUUGAACUGAAUAUAGUUGACGAAAAUGAAGAUAUAAGGCAGAAUGCAAGUGUCGCAGCUAGUUCUUUCUUUAGUUUGUUUACAAAACCAGAGGAUGCAGGAAAACUAGCUUUGCGAGUUAAACAGUGCUACUUACCCAAGUUGUUGAACGCUGACACGGAAUGCUUUUGCCAAGGGAUUGCUUUGCUUCUUAGUUCUCUGCCUGCGAAUAUCUUGUUGGAAACUUGUCUUUCUGGCAAGCCUCUCUUUGAAGAUAUAACGGAAGCGAGAAGCAACUUGGAUAAACUGUGGGCUUUUGGACGACAGUCUUGCAUUGAAGCAAUGACUAAAAUUGCUUUACGAGUUGGGGUUGUAAGGUUUCCGGAACCAAAUGCUUUGAUUGAUUGGUGGGUUUCUUCAGUCAGUAAGAAAGACCUUCUGAAUGCAAUGGAUGAUUACACUAUAAGUCGGCAAGGUGACGUUGGCAGGUUCCUUCGGGAAAGCUCAAUGCGGUCCUUGGCUUUAGUGUUGCCAACGUUGACAGAUAUAGAGUUGCAGAGGGUCAAAACGAAUGCAGCCAUUUAUAGGAUUGUUCAACAGUCUUGUGAGAAGAUCGACGCUGUUAGAGUAUGCGCAGCUGAUGUUAUGUGCAGCUUACUUUGUAGUGGAAUGGAUCAUAUUGUAGAGAGAGAGAUCCUCUUCGAUGUGUAUCUGCGUAAUGCACCAUACGACUACAAAGGGGACUCAGCGCUAUACAGAUACGAUGAUUGGCGCUUAAAGAGUUGUUUUUCCAGGCUUGCUGUACUCCUAACCAGUUCACACUACGCAUAUUCUGCAUUGAGUGGUUUCGUGAUAUCAGCAGGUGGCUUGACGGAAUCAACAAGGAGGAAUGCUGCUGAUGCGGUCUUUACAGUUGUUGCUCAAUAUCGUGACUCAGAGCAGUUUAUGGAGAAGUUCCUGCAUAAUAUCAGUUUAAUAUUCGUUCAACACACAUAUGAGCGACGCGUAGUGUUGCCCCUACUCUGUUUCUUGGAUCAGCUGUUCAAUGCGCAGCUCUUAACCUGUUUUGAAGCGAAUCCAGACUCGUCCUCUUCACUGACUAAAAUAGUUAAUUUUGUUGUUCGUGUUAUACGUGCUUUGCGCUGUCCUUACCCGCUUCUUCGCAGUAAUGCGGCUGAACAAUUAUACGAAUGCCUAGCAGCCGAGUGUGUGCUCGAAGAUGAGAUGGGACGACGUGAAAAGAUUUUGGAUUUACUUGCCAGUACGAAUUGGCAAGUAGAGGAUAAAGAGGACGUAUUAUUCAAAAUUAGCGAUUCAGUUGCUCACUUACUGAAUGUGUCAUAG